CGUACUGUCAUUUAGGGGGAAAUUCUAUACUGGGACGGCUUUUCCUAGGGGCGAAAUUGGGCCCGGGUUAAUUCUUACAAGGCGGAAAUUCUAUGCCAGGCCCAUCUUUCUGGGGAGAAUGUCUACCCCGGGCCCGUUUUUUCGGGGGGAAAGUCUAUGCGGGGGGAAAUUCUAUGCUACGACACCGGUAUAUAUUUAUAAAUGUCUUAUGCUGGUUUUUUCUCUCCUUUAUAUCAUGAAUUCAUAUUUGAAUACUAUUUUAUAUUUGUUUUGUGCUGUGAUUUUUUUUCUUUUCUAUUAUGUAUUCACGUACCUGUAUUUGGUUACUAAUUUUAGAUACUAAUUUUAUGUUUUGUAUAUGUUUUAAUGCAGGACCACAAUGAAAACUAACUGUAUGCUAAUCUGUAUCAUCAUGGAUAAAUAAAGGCUAUUAUUUAUUAUUAUUAUCAUGUUGUAACAUCGAUUAUUUUUUAUUUUUAUUUUUUUGGUAUUCUGUUUCAGAGUGCUCAAGAAACAAAAGUUUAUUUGUCCAAUGUUUUGUAAUAUUACCUUUUCCUGGAGGGCGACACACAAUAAAAAAAAUUGCACUGUUUUAUUAUACAAAGGGCAGAGUAUUAUAUACUAUAGAUAUACUAUAUUUUUACAGAAAGAUAUUAAAAAUGUUAUACAUGUAUUGUUUUCGUCAAUAAUAUUUUACUAGAAAGCAGUAUAAGAAUUUCACGUAUUUCAACACAUACACACAUAGUACUAGAAUGAUGUGUAUUCUUUUAGUGGAUAAAUCUUAUACAUAUGUUUUCUUCAUUUACAUCAUCGUUCAUGAAUUAAAUACCCCCACAGAAAAGUGAACAUGCAUUGUUUAGAGUUGCAUUCUGAAAUACAAUUCACACAUACAAUGUGGUAAAUCUGACUACUGAUAUUUUUCGCUUUUUUUUUUCUUUAGAGUGUGAAAAAUCGUAUUUAGUUUUUUUUGUUUUCAUUUUCAGAAUCAGAAAUUUAUUAUCUUUUUAAAUUCACUAAGGGGUGGGAUACAGAGUUUAUAUAAAAAAAAUCUUUUUUGUGUCUAUAAUAUUACUUAUACCCCAUGCAAUUACAUCAAUACAAAUAAAACGCCCAACCUACUCUUGUAAAAAUUUUAUCGGUAAUGCUAUCAAUAUACUAUUACUCAAUUUUACAGAAAGACAAUGUUGUAAUAAAGCUCACCUUCAGUCUUGGUAACCGGAAGGACAAGAACAGCAGGUCUGCCGUCCAAACGAGGACGUCAGCUAAAGAGGCAAUCGCAUGUCAUCUUGCGCUACAUGCUGUCACACAAGUUGGGACAAAUCCGAAACAUAUUAUAACUGGUGGUUCGAGUGGGAUUGGAAAAGCUCUUGCAAUAGAGGCAGUCAAACAGGGAGCUAAUGUCACCAUUAUUGCCAGAAAUGAGAAAAAAUUAGAGGAUGCCAAAAAAGAAAUAGAGAGUCAUAUUAAAGACAGAGCUAUUCAGAGAGUGUUUACAACGUCUGUGGAUAUUACUAAAGAUGCAGAUAUAGUAAAGGAAGCAGUAAAUAAGGCAGAAAAGGAGUUGGGACCUAUUACAAUUCUGAUCAAUAAUGCAGGCAGUGCAGUUGCUGGGAGAUUUGAAGAAACAUCCUCUCAGCAAUUUCAGCGCAUGAUAGAGUUGAAUUUCCUGGGAAGUGUAAAUGUCACUAAGGCAGCCAUAAAAGGCAUGAAAGAAAACAAUGGAGGAAGGAUAGUGUUUAUUUCAUCUCAGGCAGGCCAGGUGGGCGUAUUUGGAUACACUGCCUAUUCAGCGUCAAAGUUUGCUCUGAGGGGAUUUGCCGAGUCUCUUCAGAUGGAGGUGAAGCCAUACAAUAUUUAUGUCACCAUGGCAUUCCCACCUGACACGGAUACACCUGGUCUCGCAGAAGAAAACAAGUCAAAGCCCAGAGAAACUAUACUUAUAUCGGACACUGUUGGUCUGUUCUCCCCCAGUGAUGUGGCAAAAUCAGUAUUCACAGACGCCAUGAAUGGAAAAUUUCUGAGCUAUGUUGGUAUGGAUGGCUGGUUACUGUGCACCUUAUCCAGUGGAAUGUCUCCUGCAACUUCUGUUGUAGAUUUACUUCAACAGAUAUUUACCAUGGGGAUCUGCCGCUUCGUUUGUCAGUUCUACCUGUUUCAUUUUGAUCGCAUUAUAGGAAAGUGUAAAAGAGAGAAAGAUUCAAAGAUGAAGUCAUCGUAGUACAACUUUCUGCUUAUUAAACAGCAUAAAACAAUAGAUAUGUGUAUGUGUGCUAGACCCUACUAAAUGUGAUGAAAACCUCAUAUGUAUAUUUACAUAAAUGUUCACUUAUAGUAAUUUAUACAUAUUCAUUUAAUUACAUGUUAAUUUAUAUGUACGUGUAUAUUUUUACCAGUUAGUAAGACUUUUUUUUAUAUAUUUGUAAGCUUUUUUUUAUCAAAAUAAAAUGUGUCAACACAGUAA